AUGGAAAUAUUAGAUAAGAUUCAGAGUGGAGGAACAAUGGCUGAUAUGACGUUCUCAGACCCGGAGAUUGUGAAGCAUUACGUCCGCUGCCGCCCGGCGCCUCCUCACAGCCUCAUCAACACAGUCAUCAACUUUCUCAAGGAAAAAAUGAGGACGCCGCUAGAGGUGUGUGUGGACGCCGGGUGCGGGUCGGGCCAGAACACAGAGCUCUACAGCCGCCACUUCACCCGUGUCUUGGGUGUGGACGUGAGUGAUGCACAGAUCGCUGCUGCCCGGAGCAACAGUCAACACCACAACGUCAGCUACAGAGUUGGUCUGGCCGAGCAGUUACCCGUGGAAAGUGCGUCCGUCGACCUGGUCACCUGCUGCAUCUCUGUACACUGGUUCGACUUGGAUGCCUUCUACUCAGAGGUGAGGCGAGUGUUGAGGCCAGGCGGGGUGCUCGCCUGCUACAGCUACCAUAUAUUCUCACCCAUCUAUCGCGGCAAAAAUUUAAGUCAAACUUUUGAACAGUUCCUGGAGUCUAUACAACAAUAUUGGCCAAAAGGAAUCGUGCAUCUAAAAUCUAAUCUUGCAACUCUGCCAGUUUUCUCUGAUGAAGAAGUAAGUUAUGGUGAAGGAAAGUUCACGGUGGAGAGAGAGGUCACCUUCGCUGACACCUUAGAGUACGUAGAGUCCAUGUCUCUCUUGAAGAACUUCUUGGAGGCUGAGGGCAAGGACUCAGUCACUAAGCUAAUUUCCAACUUGAAACACGUACUGGCAACGGAGAUGGGAUCAACGGACGAGGCCGCCCCGUUAACGCAAGUGUUUGACUACGGCCUCAGGAUGUGGCGGACACCUUCAGUGUGA